CCGCUCCAUGCGGGAUCCCCCGGCCCCGGGAUGAGCCCCUGGCAGCAGCGGGCACCCAACGGCAGCGCUGCGGGCGGGAUGGCCCCGCGGGGGAACGGCACGGGCCGGGCGGCGGAGCGCGGCAGCGCCGUGUCCGUGGCCAUCCCGCUGACCAUGAUGCUGACGGGCAUCGUGGGCAAUGCCCUGGCCAUGCUGCUCGUGUCCCGCAGCUACCGCGCCAAGGGCAGCCGCAGGAAGCGCUCGUUCCUGCUGUGCAUCGGCUCGCUGGCGCUCACCGACAUGCUGGGCCAGCUGCUCACCAGCCCCAUCGUCAUCUCCGUGUACCUGUCGGGCCGGCCCUGGGCCGCCAUGGACCCCUCGGGCCGCCUCUGCGACUUCUUCGGCUUCAGCAUGACGGUGUUCGGGCUGUGCCCGCUGCUGAUCGCCAGCGCCAUGGCCGUGGAGCGGGCGCUCGCCAUCCGCGCCCCGCACUGGUACGCGAGCCACAUGAGCCCGCGGGCCACCGAGCGCUGCCUGCUCGCCAUCUGGGCCGCCGGGCUGGCCUUCGCGCUGCUGCCGCUGGCCGGGCUGGGCCGCUACGCUCUGCAAUGGCCCGGCACCUGGUGCUUCAUCAGCACGGCCGAUAGCAGAGCCUUCGCCGCCGCCUUCGCCUCGCUGGGGCUGCUGGCGCUGCUGGUCACCGGCGCCUGUAACCUGGCCACCAUCGAGGCGCUGGUGUCCCGCUGCCGAGCCAAGGCCACCGCCGCGCCCAGCGGGGCCCAGUGGGGCCGCAUCACCACCGAGACGCUGAUCCAGCUGCUGGGCAUCAUGUGCGUGCUGGCGGCCUGCUGGUCACCGCUGCUGUGGGAUGAGGACAUUCCAUGGCCACUCGUGGCUGAAGUGUGGGAGGUCUUGUNGGCGGCCAGCGCCGUGUCCCGCUGCCCCAACGCCGACUGCAAGGACAGGGCUGGCACCCUGAGCCAGGAGCUGCGGCGCCCCAAGGCCUGAGGGGCACGGUGCCCACGGUGCUGGGCACUGCCUGGACCCUGCUCUGUGUGACACCCAUUGCCACA